AUGUCCAAGCAACUUAUGAAGCCAAUCACAGUUAAAGGUUACGCAGUAGCUGAACCAACAGAAACUCAAAAAUUUCUCUUGAAACCAAUUGAGCAACAAGUAAAUAGCUUGGGUGAAAAUGAUAUUUUUGUUGACAUUAUUGCCAGUAGUAUCUGUUAUGGAGCAUUCCAUCAUGUUGGAAAUAUUCCUGGUCAUGAAAUUGUGGGAAUUGUAAGACAUGUUGGUGAGCGAGUUGAAAAGGAUGGAAAGAUAGCCGUGGGCAUGAGAGUUGGCAUGGGUUGGAAUUAUUCCUCUUGCUUAGAGUGUGGAUCUUGCAAGCAUCAUUUUGAAAAUUUGUGUGAUUCCUCCAAGCCAUUCAUGAAUGCACCAAUUGGUGGUGGUUUCCAGAAUGGAGUCGUUUGGGAUUCGAGAUUUGUUUAUCCAAUUCCUGAGAAAUUGAAGUCAGUUGAUGCUGCUCCAUUGUUUUGUGCAGGAGCUGCCGUUUUCUCGCCUUUAAAACUUUAUCGUGAAAGCCCUUAUUCUAAACCAAACGAAUUCAAAGUUGCUGUUCUUGGAUUGGGUGGUUUAGGCCAUUUAGCUCUUCAAUUUGCUUCCAAAAUGGGUUUCCAUGUUACUGCUCUUUCCACAAGUGCUAACAAGGAAGAAGAAUGUAGAUUAUUUGGAGCCAAUGAUUUUCAUGUCCACACCAAUGAAAAUUCUGUAAAACAAUUGAACAGCAAUUUUGAUUUGAUUCUCAAUUGUGUCAGCACCGACAUUGAUACUGACAAAUUUGUGAAAAUGUUGAAGCCAUUCGGCAAGUUGGCAAUAAUUGGAGUUCCAUCCUCUGGAAGUAUCAAAGCAGGUGCUUUUGCCAUGAUUAUGAAGAAUCGUUCAAUUGUUGGUUCUGGAGGUGCCUCCAACGAUCAAAUUAGAGAAAUGUUGAAUUUUGCUGCUGAGCACAAUAUCAAACCUCAAAUUGAAUUGAGUUCCUUGGAGAAAGUCAACGAAGCAAUGGAGAAGGUUGUUAAAAAUCAAGCACGUUACAGAAUUGUUAUGGUUGUAGAUAAAGAAAUAGUUGAUAAGGAAAAUCAAUAA